AAAGGAAUAUUUUGUUGUGGGUUAGGAUGAAUGUUGUUUGGCUGUGAAGGAAUGUUUUCUGGUCGAGGCUGAGACGAGGCUUGCGUGUGUGGGGUCGGCAAACCUCCCUAAUCAACCAUUUUCUUUAUUUAUCACUAAGAGUUUUCGCCCGAUUCGGUUUCGCAAGUCAUGACUGAGAAUAGCUUCGAAUAUGAGUAGCACUUUUGAGAUACAGCCUAUUGGCCGCUUUGUGGGCCAAAGUGCUGCCAUUAAGAGACCCAAGGAGAUAGCUUGCUUUUCAUACGAUGACCAGCAUCAAUUCCGUCUCGAUGAUUCCUCCAUUAAGUGGUACUAUCCACCAACUCUGGGAGCAGAUCUGUCCAGAGGCUUUGAUACUUUUCAGAAAAUGGACGAUACUGCCGAUGAUCACCUUGAUAGCUUGCUCAAGACGAUCAUUAAUUAUGAGCAAAAGGAAGGCAAGCGUGUCGAGACAGACUUCAUCACAUGGAGAGGGAUGAUGACCAAGAUUAUGGGAGCAAUCUUCAGUGAUAGAGAUGGCUUUGAAAUGAACGCUACGCUUUUCCAAGAUACAAUCUUCAUCGAAGAACACCAUGCAUACAAACUUCAAUCACAUGCACGGCAAUCGGCGCAAGCAUCACAACCUGGCAGACCAUCUCAAGAUAUGAUGAGUUUCUGGGGAUACAAAUUCGAGACGUUAUGCUUGUUGCCAAAGACUUGGGCCGAAACCCCAAGAGACUACAUCGAGAACCGGGAGAACGAGGUCGUCAGCAAUCACGCACAAUACUGCUCGAUUGUUAGGACAAGCAUUGGCAACUCAGUCUUGAUACUUGGUGGCGAAGUAGAUGCCAUCUGGGAUUCAAAACCAACAGAUGGUAGCCCAAUCCAUUGGGUUGAACUGAAGACAACCGCCGAUAUUCGAAACGACCGAGACAUGGUCAAUCUGGAAAGAAAACUGAUGAAGUUCUGGAUUCAGUCUUUCCUUCUGGGGGUGCCGAAGAUCAUCGUUGGCUUUAGGACACCUGAUGGAUUCUUGAAAAGAGUUGAGGAAAUGAAUACUGCUUCGAUACCCGGUACGGUCAAAAGGAGUGGCAAAGCAACUUGGGACGGGAACAUGUGUAUUAAUUUUGCAGCGGCGUUACUUGAUUUCAUCAAGGCUACUGUUACCGGAGAUGGCGUUUGGAGGAUCAGAAGGAAGGAACGGUCACCAACUAUCGAGAUAUUCAAGUCUGAAGAGACUGGUCAUGGCGACAUUCUCUCUGAUGAAUUCAUCAAUUGGCGAAUCAAACUUGCGUUGAACAGCAAGCAGACUGAGAGUCUCAAUGCCGGGGCUUCGUCAACUGCGAUGGAUGUUGAUAGAGCAUGACUUCGGUUCUACAUGUAACUACUUACUAGCGUACUCAGAGGACGGUUGCCUUGAGACCUCUUGUACGAAUAUCAAUAUGUACAUGCUAGG